UCUCGCGGACGCGGCGCUGAACAGCAGCAGAGCCGCCGACUGUCCGGCGUUCAAUCACGGCUCCGUCUCCCCCGCUGAAUUCAACCAGACAUGACGGCUUUUAGAGGGAAAUAAACGGUCCGCGGAGGCGUUAACGUCUGCUACAGCCGGGCCUGAGACCGAGAGAGGACAGAAAACAACCCCGAGCAGGUAGCCGUCAAUGCUGCACUCCCUGAUCUCCCAGCAUUAGGAUCUGCGAGGCUGCGAGCGACGACGCCCAGCCGCCCACCAAACCACCAACAUGAUGGCCUCCAGCGACGUAGACACCCGAGGUGAAGGCUCCUUGUUCUCUGAAAAUCCCUCUGAAAUGGACGCACUCUGUCCCUCACCUCCUGGACCCUCCAGACCCCAGCGUAACUAUGAGAGGAUAGGAGGACGGCAAGGAACGUCUUUUUGUCAGACUCUUAUCCACCUCCUGAAAGGGAACAUCGGUACGGGGCUGCUGGGGCUACCUCUGGCUGUAAAGAACGCAGGUCUGGUGCUCGGACCCGUUAGCCUGCUGUGUAUGGGCUGCAUAGCGAUCCACUGUAUGAGGCUGCUGGUGAAAUGUUCCCACCACCUCAGCGCAAAGAUGAGCCGGCCAUCUCUGAACUACGGCGAGGCGAUGCAGUACGGGAUGGAGAACGUGUCGUGGCUGAGGAGACACUCACUGUGGGGAAAACGGACGGUGAACGUGUUUCUAAUCAUCACUCAGCUCGGCUUCUGCUGCGUCUACUUCGUCUUCCUCAGCGACAAUGUCAAGCAGGUGGUCGAAGCAGCCAACGCCACCACCUUCAACUGCCACGUGAACCACACCAACCAGACGCAGAUCCUGGUGCCGAGCUUCGACUCGCGCCUCUACAUGCUCUGCUUCCUGCCCGCCAUCAUCCUGCUGGUGUUCACCCCAGACCUCAAGUACCUGGCUCCGCUCUCUCUGGUGGCCAACCUUGUCAUGACGGCUAGCCUGAUCCUCAUCUACUUCUACUCGCUGACGAACAUCACCUAUCCCAUCAACCUGCCGCUGGUGGGCCAGCUCAAAGACUACCCUCUGUUCUUUGGGACGGCCGUCUUCGCCUUCGAAGGGAUCGGAGUGGUUCUUCCUCUGGAGAACAAGAUGCAGAGGCCUCAGACUUUCAUCCCUGUCCUGUAUUUGGGGAUGGGCAUCAUCACCUUCCUCUACAUCAGCCUCGGUACCAUCGGAUAUAUGUGCUUUGGAGGCGACAUAGGAGGGAGCAUCACUCUCAACCUGCCAAACUGCUGGACAUACCAGGCGGUGAAGCUGCUCUACUGUUUUGGUAUUUUCAUCACCUUCGCCCUGCAGUUCUACGUCCCAGCAGAGAUCCUCAUACCGCCGGUCGUGGCUCGCGUAUCGGAGAGGUGGGAGAAGGCCGUCGACUUGCUGCUCCGCUCCGUCCUGGUCGUCUUCACAUGUGCCAUCGCCAUCCUGGUACCGGAGCUGGACCUCGUCAUCUCGUUGGUGGGCUCGAUCAGCAGCAGUUUCCUGGCGCUGAUCUUUCCUCCGAUUCUCCAGAUUCUAACUUUUCACACGGAGGGCCUGUCGCCGCUUGUGACCAUCAAGAACAUCAUCAUCAGCCUCAUCGGGUUUAUCGGGUUCGUUACGGGAACGUACAUCGCCAUCCAGGAGAUCAUCGAGCGGAACAUAAAGCAUGUGGAGGACUCCACGUACCUGGUCCAGUGAUGACGUGACUGUUGGCAGGUGGACGAAACACACCCACGCCAUGUAGGAACCAUAUUAGGGCACAUUUUUAUUUAAAUUUUCUGUCCUACGAUUUGCUGCUGUUGACGUGGCGGCCGUUUUUAGCAUUAAUCUGUCACAUGUAGACGCAGUACGGAUACGUUGUGCUUGGUGUUACUCAUAUUUCAUCAAGUCCAGAAAUUUAGUGCAAUUGAAUGAUAAUUAAUAUAAUUAUGAUGAAACCGAAAUCAUUCCUUCAUGUAGGAGCUACCCUUAAACGAUGUUGUGAGAUUAGAGUGAUUUUAGAGGUAAUGAAUUUAUUGAUGUUUAAUCAAACUACCUCACAAACUGGUAUCCAUUUGUUCUGUCCAAACAUUUUAACGUCCGCAUUAGACGCUGUUGCUGAGAUCAUGUGGACUUGUUACCCAGACAGCUUCUCAUUUAGAGCUUUUAGAGAUUCACCUCCCACCACCUCAUCAGAGAAACAAAUCAACUUUUUUUUUUGCUGCACUUUGAUUUAUGCCUUAUGUAACGCCGCAUCACUUUGACAUACACAACACAUCACAUAAACUUUAAAUAAGUAACUGUAAGUAAUUAAGUAACUGUAACACAUUUAUAGCAGAUAAAAGAUUUUUAACCAAACAAUAAAAAUAAAGGGUCGAGUUACUGAAACUGUUCUGAACUGAAAACUAAGACCUCAUUACAGAGAUUUCCAAAGUCAGAAAUCCUAUUUUAUCUCAGUUCAGGAUGCCAUUUGGGAUUAUUUUGUAUUCAGGAACAUGUUUUCUAAAAAUGAACACAACAUCUCAAGAGCACCAUGUGGGAAUUUCUUCAGAUUUUGGCACAAACAUCCACUCCGACUCAACAAUAAACAGUCACAUUGUCGUGAGCGUGAUAUCUCAUGAACAGCUUGAAGGAGUUUCUUCAAAAUUUUGCACAUACGUCCACUUGGAUUCAAAAUUGAACAUAUUAGAUUUUGGUGUUAGAAGGUCAAGGUCAACAUUUACUUGGACUCAAGGAUGAACUUAUUAGAUUCUGGUGGUCAUAGGUCAAAGAUCAAGGUCAUUUUGUCCUUGUCUGCCUGACUCUCAUGAUCACAAUAUCUCAAUAACACCCUUUAGUAAUUUUUUAUUUUCAAAUUUGGCACAAACGUCCUCCUGGUGCAAUCUGUUCUGUGCAGCUUGACGCAACUGCUGUCCACCUUUGGCGAAAAUGGACUCAGAGCGUUUUUUCCACUGAGCCGAGCGUGGAGCUGCAUCUGCAGACACGCUCUUAGGUGCGCCCGGUGGAAACACGAGCAUUGUCUACAACAUCUGCAAUCAUGGACCCGAUGGAAUUUAGUAUUUAGCUGAAGGAUACAUGUGUAACUACAUCAGGUUUUCAAAAUGCGGUAAAGAAGACUGGCUCUCACAAGACCAGCCCACCGGGAAAACUUCAAGACCCACAAAAUGGAACAUCCGUCUUUUUUUUGUCCGUGACAGAAAGCUGCAAACCUGUGUCAAGACUUCACCUUCCGGUGCAUUCUUAUCAGAAAUACAGGCAGUCUAAUGCCAAUUGAAUAAUUAAAUUUCCGAUUUCUUUAGAUAAAAUUGGAAGCUUGACAAAGGAUAAAACACAAAUUUAGGAAUUGCGUCUGUAAAAGGAAGAUUUUUUAAAAUUAGGACGGGAUGAGCACUUUGUAUAAUUUUCUGUAAUGAGGCCUUAGUCCAAAAUACAGUAAACACCCUGGAUUCUGUGGGAAUUGUGCUUUUUCAGCUUUGCUCAUCAAAUCCUGACAAAUACAGCCAAAGAAAAACGCAGAUCAUAAAGUCCAAACUUUCAGCUGAAGAUCCUGAAAACCCAAAUAUUCAGGAAAAAUGCUCCUUUUAUUUUUUAUUAUUUUGGUUUAUGCAACUCUUUUAAAAAAGAAAAAGAAUCGAAAUGAUGUAAUGCUGGAACAUCUGGAUCAAUGAAACUCAAAGGGAAAACAUACAAAAUUUAACUUGUUUAUAAUGAGAUGAAAAACAUUUACAUUUUAAUUUAUGGUGUAGUUUUUUACUGUUUCUUGGUUGCUAACAAGAAACCAGGAUUUGAUGAGACUAGAGAUUGAUGAGCACAAUGAAAAUCAGUAAAAAAAGAAACACAUUUACUAAACUAAACGCAGAAAAAAAAAUAUCAGACUUUAGAAACUAAGUUGUUCUCUGUUUAUGUAGGAGCUAUUCUGUGCAACACUUUUUUUCUCAACUUUAAAACUUGUUUUUGUCGAUCUGAUAUUUUUUUAUGUGUUUUUAUGUAUUUACUAAAUUAAUGGUUGGGUACUUUUGAAUAGUUUUUUUUAUUUAGACUUAGACCUAACUUUGGUUUAAUUACAGAGAGGCUCUCCAUGUAAUAUAAUGUAAAAUGUAUGUAAUAUAAAACACGUUUUAAUGAGGAGCUGUAGGUAUUAUAUGAGAAGUCAUCCGUCUGUUUUAGCGAGCAGACAGGCCAACACGUUCGCUCUGAAGCUUCUGUCCUGUCGUUUGUCUUCAGUGUUUCUGUGGCAGUAUAAAGACGGCGUGUUAUUUUA